GAUUGGGGCACACCUACUGUUAUUGACUAUCUAUUGUUCAUGACUUUUUUACAUGUUUGUGAGAAGCUAGCUAGCUAUAGACGUAACAUACUAGGCAUGCAGGUGCCAAUUGUGUAUUGCUAGUCUAGCUGAGCAACAAUUAAAUGUCAUUUACCUGAGAGGUUUCAUGUGGCUGAGAUUGUUCUAAACUUGUACACUUCCUGAAUAAAGUUGUGCUUAGAGCUGAGUCUGAGAAUACUGGAGCAUUCAGGAUUGAUACUAGAUCUAGAACUUAAGUCUUGGUCUUCUUUGUUUGAGGUAGCUAGCUAGCUGAGACUAACUAGCUGAGACAAAGCCAAAGUGAAACGCUUCACGGUGCUGCUCUGAUUAUUGAUUUGCAGCCACGUGUGAAAAGAUGGGCAGGGCUGCAUGAAUGGAAUUUAAUCGGAAGGAUUAAAUGUGGUUAACAGGUGACGUACAGAUACCAAUUGCAACCAACACGGGCAUGCGCAAGGAACACGUGGUCAGGCAGUCAGUGCAAGAACAAACGAAUUAGAAAACUUCUCUUGAUCUAUCAUAUAAUUCUCAAGAUUUCUCUUGCUGAUCUAUCCGGUAAUUCUCUAUACGAAGAUGACCACUACCUCUUCGAGCACAUCCUCAACUGGAACACCGCCGAUCAGUUCCACCAACCCGACGACAACUCCGACAACUCUCAACCCGAUGACAACUCCGACAACUCUCAACACCAUGAUUGCCAAUUCUGUCCAGGCAGCCCUCGGCGCGGUGUUACCAACGAUCAUCAACGCAAUGGACCAGCGGAUUCAGGCAGCAGUCCAACAACACCGCCCCUCAUCAGUCUCACCAUCAGUCUCACCACCAGUCCCACCAUCAGUCCCCUCAUCGAUCCCAACCAUCUCUGCUUCCGGCUCGGGUACCCCACGGAGUCCCACCUCAGGCCCGGUUGUCAGCACCGGAACGGCAGAUCCACACCCGGUGGACCUAGACGACAUUCGGCAGCAAUUCCCUGAACCGGCACACUUACCCAAUUUCUUCACCACCGCACCCAAUGCACACGUCCCGAUGUUCACGGGGACAACUCUCACAGUGAUACACAACGGGGUUUAUCCAUAUACUGACGAUCUACGGACAAUGGAGUCUUACCGGCACAAUCGAACAGCUGUCACACAACAAACCCAAUCACAUUCCCCACUGUGUGUGACAGCGUGGACUAAGGAGCUGCAAUCUCAUCCAGACAUAGAGUUUAAGGAAUACUUGACUCACGGUAUGCGAUAUGGAUUCAGAAUCGGUUUCGACCCCUCACAACCGUUACGAACUACUCGCACCAACAUGCCCUCCGCUAGACUACAUCCAAACGUCGUACAAGAAUACCUUGACCACGAAUGUCACGAGGGUCGUGUGAUAGGCCCCUUGGCUAUCUCCGAUCAUCCAGAGGUACACGUCAGCCGUUUUGGGGUCAUCCCCAAGAAGCAUCAACCCAACAAAUGGCGCCUCAUUCUCGAUCUAUCUCACCCAGACCGCGAUAGUAUCAACGACGGCAUCGACAAACAACUCUGCUCCAUGAAGUACGCUUCCAUUGACGACGCUGCUCGUAUCGUGCAUGCACUAGGCCGAGGCAGCCUCAUGGCCAAGAUUGAUAUAGCACAUGCAUACAGAAUAGUGCCCAUCAGUCCAUUGGACCACCAUCUCUUGGGGAUGGCGUGUGGCGACUCCCUUUUCAUAGACACGGCUCUACCUUUUGGGCUUAGAUCAGCACCAAAAAUAUUCUGUGCCAUUGCCGACACUCUCGAAUGGAUUCUCUUCAACAAAGGCGUAUCCACAUGUUUGCACUACAUCAAUGAUUUUUUCACUGCAGGACAGGCAGGCUCGGGAGACUGUCAACAAAACCUGGGGUCAAUCAUUGCCACUUGUGAUCAGCUGGGUAUCCCUCUGGCAAAACACAAAGUUGAGGGCCCAGUUACAGUUAUGACCUUUCUGGGCAUCGAAAUUGACACUGAUCACAUGCUUCUACGACUGCCAACAGACAAACUCGACCGCUUACAGGCACUUGUGACAAGCUGGAUUUCAAGAAAAGCAGCCACAAAAAGGGAGAUGCUGUCACUCAUAGGGCAACUCAGUCACGCAUGCAAGGUAGUGAUUCCGGGCAGAUCCUUUUUACGCCAGCUGAUUGACCUAGCAUCAUCCCGUCACCAACUGGACCACUGGAUACGUCUUAACGAGUCGUUCAGGGCAGAUCUGUACUGGUGGCACCUCUUCCUGAGGAGGUGGAACGGAACAUCGUUAAUUUCUACACAUGCAACUUCGGCGAACACGAUAGUCCUGGUGUCCGACGCCUCAGGCACAUGGGGAUGCGGGGCCUUCUACAGCAGAUCGUGGCUACAAUGCCGGUGGACACACUCGUGGGCAGACAUUAAUAUUGCAGCAAAAGAGUUCGUUCCAAUUCUAUUAGGCCUAGGAACAUGGGGUCACAAAUGGACUGGCUCACAUAUUAUUCUCAGAUGCGACAACAUGGCGGUAGUAUCUAUUAUCAACAACAAAAAAUGUUCAGACAAACUGCUCGCCCAUCUGUUACGCUGCUGCCAUUAUCUAUGUGCACAAUUUGACAUCACUGUCACGGCUCAGCACAUACAGGGAAAACUAAACACAGCGGCAGACGCCCUUUCAAGAAAUAAGGUACAAUUAUUUCAUCUCUCCGUUCCACAGGCAGACGAGCAGCCGUCGUUAGCCCCACAGAGCUUGCAGGAAUGGGUAAUGAACUCAACCCCCGACUGGCUAUCCCCUUGUUGGAGACACAAGCUGCAGAAUUAAUGCACCACGGGAUUGCUGCCAACACACAAAAAUUAUACACAUCAGCUCAAAAAAUAUAUUUAUCAUUUUGUCAACGGCUGUCUUUCGUCCCCCUCCCAGCAACCGAAGACACUUUAAUUUUAUUUGUGACCGAACUGGC